GCUACACUGUGGCCCGAGCAGGCUGAGCCAGCGCCAGUCUCGCCUACAUGACGCCGCCACCACCGCCGCACACUCUCACACAGCUGAUCUCAGGCGCUACUGCAAGCGUUCAGGCCGCAGAUCAAGAAGCUGGACGCUGUCUUGCAGGACAGGGCCAAUGCAAGAAGAGGGGAGAAGAAUGAAAACCUAAAGGAAGGAAUCAUUGAACUUCACUUUCAAAAGAAGUCACGAGGGAUACGUGAAGCUGCGGUUAAAAUGAUGGGUACAGAUGUAGAAACUUGCACACAGGAAUAUGCAUUAAUGACUGGAGUUGUUGCAAACAAGCCUUGAAUGGACAAGAGUGCAGCUGGAGUUCAGUUCGCAGAGGGCUGCCACCAGGAAAAUAAAUCUAGACUCAUUUGAAGAAAGCUGAUGCGGAGCGACGGCCAGUUUGGCUGAAAAACGUCUCCAAGGACCAUUUUUGUUAUACUCGACAGAUUCCUGUUUUCCAGCAGAGUGGGAAACAAUAUUGCUAUCAGCAAUCAUCUACUGCUGGACUGCACUGCCACUCCAGCCGCUCUUUUUUUUGGCUGCCGUCACUGCUGAGAUGAUCCAUAACACCCUGAAGUGCUCCCAGCCGAUGGAGCACAGCCCGAGGAGAACACACUCGCCCGCACAGAGGAGGCUGUGGAGAUACUCGGGCUGCAGAGGGGGCGGCCAGGUGGAAAGUCACCGUCGCAGUGUGUGCGUGCUAGCUGCGGACUUAAACCCUGGAGAAGGAGGGAGAGGAGGAGGUGGAGGUGUCCUGCACACCAUCCACGGGCUGUGCCACCUGUGCAUCGGAUGUAGGCUGCCACAGGUGACCAUCCUUCGAGGAAAGGAUGGCUAUGGCUUCACCAUCUGCUCAGAUUCCCCAGUGAGGGUACAGGCUGUUGAUCCAGGGGGUCCAGCAGAUCAGGCAGGUCUGCAACAUUUGGACACUCUCCUGCAGCUGAAUGGGCAACCAGUGGAGCAGUGGAAGUGUGUGGAUUUAGCCCACGCGAUCAGAAACAGCACCAAUGAAAUCAAGGUGGUGGUGUGGCGCACUGGUCCCUCAGCUAAACCUAAUUUUGAGGGCCUUAUCCACCGGCCCUCCUACAAGCCCUCCACCUCAAACUAUGACACCCCCUCGCCCCCCACCCGCAGGCGUGUGCCAGAUAAAACCCCGCCCGCCGUGCCGCCUCUCCCCGCUCACCACCGUGCCACCGCCGCCCGCAGGCUGCUGGUCAACGGCUCCGACGCCGGAAACAGCAGCGGCCUAGGCAUGGGGACCCUCGCGUGGGGGGCCCAGGGGGGGUCCGACGAGGAGCUGGACGGGAAGCCGCGACACCUCCACCACCCGCACACUGCCACGCUGAAGGGUACCAGGGUCAAGGCCUCCAACGGAGACAACUACAUCAUCCUGGCGCCCAUCAACCCCGGAAGCCAGAUCUUAAGGCCUGUUUACCAAGACAACCAGGGGACAUUAGCCAGGUUAUACCCAACACGUCAGGGCUCUGGUCCACAACCCCAGGCCGGUGGUGGACACGCUGGUUUCUCUGGAGGUCCGAGUGGAGGUGUUGGAGGAGGAGGAGGAGGCGGUGGCGGCGGUGGUGGUGGUGGUGGAUUGUCAAGCCGCACCGGCUUCCUGAGACGGUCCAACAACUCCAAGACGACAAAGACGUCAUCCACCUCCACGAACGCAGGCGGAUCCAACUACCAGCAGCAGAACGCCAACUUUGCAAACUACCAGAACUGCACUAUUGUCCGCUCACAUACUCCGCAUGGGAACUAUGGAUAUGUGAAAGUGGCACCCAAGAUCCUUAUCUUCCCCAUUUUUGUUCAGCCUCUUGACCUUUGCAGCCGAACGCUCAUCCUAUCUGAGGAGAUGAUACUUCACGAGAGCAAGCACCACUCUCUUAAGGUGACAGUGUUCGUCUACAAUGACCUGAUGCUGGUGACGAGAGAAGAUGAACCAGGCAGAUGCAACGUCCUUCAGAGCCCCCUGUACCUCAGACAGCUGCGGCUCCAGGACGAUUAUGCUGAAGAGCUGAGAUUCUACCUUAUUCACAUGACCGAGAAGUGUGACUGCCUGCUGAGCCUGGAAGCCUUUUCAGCAGACCAGAAGCGCCGUGUGUGUCAGUGCCUGAAGGACAACAUUGACAAGCAGCUCCAGCUUCAAAGGAGGGAGCCUUCCAUUCCGCAUCACUUUGACCAGAUGUUGGAGCCAAAGGUGGACGACCCUUCAUGUGAGCUGGGCGGAGUAGGAGGAGAUCGAGGAGGUGUGUGCCUCCACCUGCCCACCCGCAGCUCAGAGGGCGACGAGAGCAGUCUCUAUCCUUCAAGCCCCUCGGAGCCCCGGACCCUGGGGAGCCCUCACCCCUCAGAGCAGCUCACCCCUCUGGAUGAGGUCUACAUGCCCCUUGGGGGUCUGUCGGGAUCGGAGGAGCGACACAAGGUGCCUCCCACACCACCUCCUUCCACCGAGGGUGAGGAUUGCAAGAGCAUAGAGGGAAAUGAGAUGGAGUUCUGGAGAUUGAUGAAGAAUGGGGGGCACAUGAAAGAGGAAGAGGAGGAGGAGGAAGAUGGGGCCAGCAGAAGGAGUGCUGUAAGUGAGGUGGAAGAGAAAGAUUAUAGAGCGGAGGAGGAGGGAGAGAUGAAUGAAGAGGAGGUCAACCUCAACCUGUUAGUGUCCAACACCGAUGAGGACAAUGCCUCGGAGCCUCCCGACACCAACGCUCCCCCCUCCUCCUCCUCAUCUUCAUUUGUCAUCCCCGAGCUGCGCCUGGAUCGCUCCUUCAGCGCCGAUGCCCUCUCCUCACCCAACACCGAUGAAGAAGAGUACGACGAAGAUGACGAGGAGGAUGAGGAGUCUGAAGAGGAGGACGACGAAGACGACAGCGACGACGCCUACCUGCAGAGGAGCGACAGCAAGCGGCGCAGCAUGGUGGAGGGGGCCACCUGUGAGAAACACGGAGGAGGGGGGCUCAGCGUGCAGAACUCCCUCCGCAGGCGCACCCACAGCGAGGGGAGCCUCCUGCAAGAUCCCCGCGGGGCCUGCUUCACCUCCGACAACGCCAUCAACUGCCUAGAGGCCGGGGGAGGGCACCACAAGGGCGGCUGGACGCUGCCAUCGCCCAAAACCCUGAAGAAAGAGCUGACCAAGAAUGGAGGCUCCAUGCAUCAGCUGUGUAUGCUGUUCUCUGGGAGGAAGCUCAGCUCCGGAUCCCCCUGUAGCUGCGAGGUCGGCCCUGAAGGGACAAAGAAGAAGAAAUCCAAGAACCUGGCCAAAGACAUGAAGAAUCGACUGGCUUUCCUGCGGAGGAGGAAUGAAUCUCCAGGAAGCAACCCAGCCAGCAAGCUAGACAAGUCUAUGAGGUCAGUCAAGCCCACCCCAGAGGAGGCACUGAAAUGGGGGGACUCGCUCGACAAGCUGCUGGCACACAAAUAUGGCCUGGCGGCGUUCCGAGCUUUCCUGCGCACCGAGUUCAGCGAGGAGAAUCUGGAAUUCUGGCUGGCGUGCGAGGACUACAAGAAGAUCAAGUCGCAGUCCAAGAUGGCCUCGAAGGCCAAGAAGAUCUUUGCAGAAUACAUCGCCAUCCAGUCGUGUAAAGAGGUAAAUCUGGAUUCGUACACCCGGGAUCACACCAAGGACAACCUGCAGAAUGUGACGCGCUCCUGCUUUGACCUCGCGCAGAGGCGGAUAUACGGGCUGAUGGAGAAGGACUCAUACCCUCGCUUCAUCCGCUCAGAACUCUACUUGGACUUAAUCAACCAAAAAAAGUCCAGCUCCACUUCGACUUCGUCUUCGUCAUAAGAGACCGGGAAAAAGACGAGAAAGCCAUGAUGAUGACGAGAGAGAAAAACGGGGCAGACUUGAAAAAAAAAACACACACACGGCGGGGCGGGUGGGAUGUGAGGUUCUUUGUUUGCCUUUUAAUUUUUUUCAAUUUCUCUGUGUGUGUGUCAUCCUCUCCACUAUUUUAUUUGAAUUUUUUUGUGGUGUGACAUGACGCGGCAAAGCUCUAUGGCACUGCAAAGGAAUGUAGUUUACACAGUUACCAGAUGGAUGGAUGAAUGGAUGGAUGGACUGAUGAAUGGAUGUUAACCGGAGGAAAAAAACAAAAACAAUAUAGAAGCCCACACGCGAGGGCUGGAGCGAGAGCUGGAUGCUCGUCUGAUCACUGUUUGCUUUCUGUCAGUGUCUUGUGAGGGAACAAUGACAUUUGUGUGUGUUCUUGUGGAGUUGUACUGGAGAAAAGGAGGGGUCACUCCAAAAAAAAAGAGAAAACCCUGCAGACAUAAAGACAGUCGGGUACUGUUCUGUCACUUCCUUUCCUUUCAUUUUCUUUUUGAAACCCCCCUCCUUUCCUCCUCCAUGUCCCAUGUGAAGCCACUUCUAAAGCUGUUGGUACGACGCGACAUCCUCUUUUCUUCACGUUCUCAUUUCCAUCAGGGGGGCUUGAAAAAUCCGUGACGGAGAGAGAAAACAAAAAGAAAACGACGAGACGAUGUCUGAAUGAAAACUAGUCAUCUCUGUUAAACCCCCACGACCUCUCAACGCUUCUGUAAACCGCUUUCACUUCAUCCAGAAAGACUGUGAGCGCUCAGCGGAGACGGGACGGGACGGGGGGGGCAAGGACUCGACGUGUAUAAAUAACGGACGGUGUGAAGAAACACAGAUGUGUGUCGCUCUCACGUUCAAAGACAUUUUCAAAAUCACACUCUUAAGCCAGAGAUGGAAAGUAAAAGAGAAGACCACGACGACUUGCUUCCUGUCUCCAAAGACUGUUUACAACAAGGAACGACGACUCAAGCAGAAAAAGGAACGAAGCAACAUUUCCUUUACCAUUGUAGCUCAUGGUGGACAAACCGAGGAAGCGUUCUCAGGACAUUGCCAUGACAGGUUUCCGGCUCUUGUUUCUUUUUCUACACACACACACACUCGCUGUUGUUUGUUUGUUCAUUUUUUUAAAAAUGUUUUAAGAUUUCCGACCUGCACUCCCUAGUUCUGCUGAGCAACGCACACGUGAGGCUGCUCGUGUCACAGUGCGAGGAAAAAAAAGAAAUAACUGCUUCACGUUGUACAGAGGUUCGCCUAUUUAUUUAGAUUAACAGGCUGGAUGCUUCAACACACACCCUCACCUCCUUAAAAGCACUCGGCUCAAAGCUCUCACUCCUCUUAACCACCAAACAGGUCCAAUGCUGUCCUGAACUUUUAAGUGCAAUAUUUCGUUUGUUAUUAUUUUUGGUUUGUUCGUUUAUUUGGAUGAUAUUUUGACUUUUUAAUGGCGGAAGACGAACGGCUUGAGCUCUGUAUUAACUUUAUUUGUUAAGAGAAGAAAAACAAAAAAAAAACUUUAGAGCUAUAAGGUUGACUUACAACGUAAACUUUCAAGAACCAUUAAGUAGUUUAAGGAAUUUUAAGCAAGUGAUUCUAAUUGUGUGUCGACCCCCCCGGCAGCAGGCAGCCGGGGGACGUUAUGGUUGUAAAUAUAAUUCUUUAAGAAAACUAUGUGAUAACACAUUAAAAACAAACAAAAAACACGAAGCGGAUCGGUCUCGGCCGGUGAUGAACGUGGGACUCAUCUGUAUCUAUGUAAAUAUGAGAGACUCAGAACUAUAAGAUGACGUGUAUUGUUUAAAAAAAGUGAUAAAAGAUAAAACGAUAGGUGAGCGAGAGCAGGUCCAGUCUGCUCCUGUCCCUGGUCAUACACUGCUUGUAAGGAGUUUUCUGAAAUGCAUUUUUAUCAUUUUCACUGUUUACAUUUCAAAAUGCAUCUCCCAUGAUAACAAGUGAAAAACAGUAAAGUACAUUUGGUGUCAUCGCUAAUGAUAAAUAAACCAACCAACUGAUGAAGUAAA